GCCCCGCGUACCGAAUGAGAAUUGAGAUGUAACUACACAUAGCUUUUACAAAGUUACAUGCAUGUCUUCCCAGAAUUAGAAGGAAAAAUGUUUUACCCAACUUGCUCAAUUCUGUCACCCUAAACCUAGAGAAAUAGCAGAACCACCACCAGAGACGAAGAAAAUAAUGCUUGGCGUUAAGGAACUAGUUGACUCCACUUGUCUCAGGUCUGUGCCCUUCAAUUACAUUUUCCUUAAAACCCCCGAAGAUUCCACUUUGUAUUAUGAAACCCAGAAUAUUCCGAUCAUAGAUUUUUCCGAACUCACCUCUUCCAAUCCCAAUGAACGCUCCAAGGCAAUCCAACAACUGGGCGAUGCUUGCCAAGAUUGGGGUUUCUUUGUGUUAAUAAAUCACGGUGUAUCGGAGACACUAAGGGAUGAGGUGCUUAGGGCAAGCCAGAGGUUUUUUGAUCUGUCUGAGAAAGAAAAAAAGGAGUACGUAGGACAGGACAUAUUUGAUCCAAUCAAAUAUGGGACAAGCUUUAAUGUCAUGGUGGAAAAGACUCUUUUCUGGAGAGAUUAUCUCAAAUGUUAUGUUCAUCCUCACUUUAAUGCUCCUUCCAAGCCUCCUGGUUUUAGAGAAACUUUAGAGGAAUUCACGAGAAAGGGGAGGGAAGUGGUUGAUGGGUUGCUAAAAGGAAUAUCUCUAAGCUUAGGGCUUGAAGAAAACUACAUACAGAAAAGGAUGAAAGUAGAUUUGGGUUCCCAAGUGCUGGCCAUCAACUAUUACCCACGUUGUCCAAACCCUGAACUUGUAAUGGGCCUUCCAGCCCACACAGACCAUGGGCUUCUGACCCUCCUUAUGCACAACGAGCUUGAAGGGCUUCAAAUUCAACAUAACGGCAAGUGGAUUCCCGUCUACCCCUUGCCCAACUCCUUUUUUAUUAACACUGGGGAUCACAUGGAGAUAUUGACGAAUGGGAAAUACAAGAGCGUAGUUCAUCGUGCUGUGGUGAAUGGGAAAGGCGCAAGAAUUUCGGUAGGUACAGCACACGGACCCUGCCUUGAGAGCGAUGUGGGGCCUGCACCAGAGCUGGUUGGCGAUGAUAAUCCCGCUGCGUACCGUGCCAUCAAAUAUAGAGAUUACAUUCACCUUCAGCAAAGCAAUCAACUUGACAAAAAGUCUUGCUUGGAUCGUAUUCGGAUUUGAAUCAUCCUUCGCUAUCAUCCAUCAUGCUCAUGCAUUUCCUCAAUCUCAAUCAUGCUUCUGUUUCAUCAUUUAGUUUUUAUGUGCAGUUCAAAAUAUAUGCAAGAACAUGCCCUCAAGGUUAAUAAACUGACUUUAUGAAAAUAAAUGGUGGUGAAGGUCCUGUUGA